AUGGCUACAGACUACUACUUUCAGGUGAUGAUGAGUCUGAAAGUUCUCCGUGCUUUCGACCAGAGUAUUCCACCUGUUCAACUUGAACAUCCAGAAAAUCAUUGGCGCGCAACUUAUAUUCUAACGACUGCUCAAGCAAACAAUUUUGAUUAUCCAUCCGAAUUCUAUGAGCAUGUAGCAAUUCUUUGGGCUGAUGCUGGUGUACAAUUGUGUCUGAAACAAUCUAUGGAACAAAACUAUUCAGAUAUUGUCAAAUAUUUUCUCGAUCUUGUGAACAAAGUUAAAUAUCCCACUUACAUUCCAAGCAUCACAGAUAUGAUUUAUUUUCGCUUUUUGACGUGUGAUAUUUUCAAGUUAUUCUUCAAGCAUCAUCGAGUGGGCUUUCAUCUGUUUGAAAUGGAUCUACGGCAUGACGACCGACAAGAAUGGAUUGAAUAUUUUCGUGAUGUUAUAGGAAUUAUUUUCGUUGUGGAUUGUAGUUGUUUUAAUUUAAUAACUGGCGAAGAUAGAAGUCAAAAUCGACUUCAGCAAUCACUUGAUCUAUUCAAAACUAUUCGAAAAAAUGAAUGGCUACGAACAACAUCUAUUAUUCUAUUACUUAACAAACAAGAUCUGUUAGCGAAACAAAUCACAAAUGAUGUCCGACUAGAAGAUUAUUUUCCUGAGUUUCACCAUUAUGUUGUACCAAGAGUCAAAAUCGAUGACUUCGACAUCGACGAAGAUCCCAAUAUAUCUCGAGCAAAACAUUUUAUACAUGAUCAAUUUCUUUUUUUACAGAUGGAUGCUCACCAUGAUUUUCAAUUUUUCGAUGCAAUUAUUGAAAAACGAACAUCGAUAACUUUUAGUAUUAUCUUACGUUAUCAAAAUUAUGAUUAUCUGAACUUAUACAAUGAUAUUCUUGCAAUGAAUUCACCUUACCUUAGUAGUAAACCAAUCGACAAUAUAGAAUAA